AAUGCUGGCGACGAUGUAGAUGCGCCCUUAAAAUUGACCACAGACUUGAACGUCGCACUGCAGGAGAGUCCAAACGGUGCCGGUUGGGGUGCAUCCAGCUGUGGUUCGAUGAUUUCGUGCGUGGCGCUUUGCGAAUUCGACAGCCAUCCGGAUUAUGUGUUCACCAACGCCCUGAACUCGCUAAUCGAGAUACGCAAGCCUGAGUUGGUGCGCGUGCGCUACUUGCUUUUCUAUGGUAGCCGUUUCCCAGACGAUGACGAGCCGGAGGAAAAACGCGUUUCCAGUUGGCUAGGACGUAAUAAAUAUCCGCUCUCGCUGGCUUGCUAUAUGCUACUGCUGGCUUCGAUUGGUAUGGCCAACAGCGGCAGUGGACAGUACUGGAAGCAGAUUGUGAGCAAGAAGGCACAUAUAUUUUUCGACUUUUGCCGGCGCAUUUUCACAAUGGACUAG